GUAAUAUGUAUACAAGAGGUUUGAGGUUAGGUUAAAGUAAGAUCACAGUACAUUCACGUACUUAGGGACUGUGUGAAAAAGCGUGUAUUAUGCGAAAAGCAAACAAAUAUUUGUAGCUAAUUAACCAAUAACAUUAUUAGAAACGCAAGUUUUUUGUGUAUUUCAUUGAAAUUCUCAUAAAUAGAAUUUAACUUAAUAAUAAUGAAACAUAGAUUGUUUGUUGAUCGCUCUUUCCUACAUGUGAAUUUCUGCCGGAGAUUACGUUAUUGCACUUCCACUGUAACUGCAACUGAAUCAUGCAACUCUAAAAGAUUAGCAGAUUUUCCUGCAACUUUUAAGCCAAAAGAUGUGGAAAAAGGCUGGUAUGACACCUGGCAAUGUAAUAACUACUUUGCAUCAUCCAGGACAAGGAGGACGUGCUAUAAUACACAAGAGGAAAAGGAAGCUAAAGAACCCUUCAGUAUGAUCUUACCACCACCUAAUAUUACAGGAAUAUUACAUCUGGGUCACGCACUUACUGUUACAAUCCAAGAUGUUUUGGCAAGAUGGUUAGCAAAAGUGCAAAAGCACAGAAUGAAGGGUCAUCCAGUGUUGUGGAUACCGGGUCUGGACCAUGCGGGAAUUGCGACACAGGCGAUAAUGGAACGUACAUUGCGGCAGACACGCAAUAUUACGCGACACGACAUAGGCCGUGCUGAGUUCACGCGACUAAUCUGGCAGUGGAAGGCAGAGAAGGCUGCGAUUAUCAAGCAACAAUUGAAAGCCCUCGGCGCUACGCUGGAUUGGGACAGAGAAUACUUUACCAUUGAUAAAAAUCAUAGUGCAGCAGUGACGGAAACAUUUGUACGACUGAACGAGAGAAAUCUGUUAUACAGAGCUGAAGAUCUUGUUAAUUGGUCGCCAGCGCUACGCAGCACAAUAUCGGAAAUUGAAGUCGAGGAUUUUGUUGUGAACGGCAAGACGCGGCUUCAAUUACCUGGCUAUGAUACCAAAAUCACCGUUGGUCAGCUGAUCAAGCUGGUCUACCCAAUCAGAGAUUCAAAGGAAGAAUUGAUAGUUGCAACCACUAGACCUGAGACAAUUUUCGGAGAUGUAGCGAUUGCCGUGCAUCCAAAUGACGAUAGAUAUUCGAGAUACAUUGGUCGGCAUGUUUUACAUCCCAUAAGAGAGACGUUUAUACCCAUUAUAGCUGAUUCUUCGGUCAAGAGAGAAUUUGGCACUGGUGCAGUGAAAGUUACACCGGCACACGAUCGCUUGGAUUACAAUAUUGCCAAAAGACAUAGCUUGCCAGUCAUUAACGUUAUUGAUGAAGAUGGCAACAUGACAGAUGCGUGCAAAGAAUUCAAGGGAGUACCGAGAUUUAUUACACGGAUGAAAUUAAUGAAUCAAUUGUCCGUACGAGGUAUGGUGAGAGGUGUGGAAGAUAAUCACAGAAUGAUACUUCCACUAUGUUCACGCACGUAUGAUGUGGUCGAAUAUUUGCCAAAAGAACAAUGGUUUUUACGCUGCACAACGAUGGCUAAGCGGGCGCACGAAGCCGUAGUAAAUGGUGAACUAAAAAUCGAUCCGAGUGAUGAGGGCAUUUACGAACAAAUGUGGUAUAACUGGCUCGAAAACAUCAGGGACUGGUGCGUUUCGAGACAGUUGUGGUGGGGUCAUCGCAUUCCAGCGUAUUCCGUAAUUCAUGACGGUAAAGACGACGGUGAUGACGGUGAUUUCUCCACCAGUAGGAAUAGCGUCGCUUCGUGGAUAGUCGCACGAUCUGAAGAAGAAGCGCGUUCUCGUGCACAAGAAAAAUAUGGAGACACAGUGAGCUUGCGUCAGGAUCCAGAUGUUCUUGAUACAUGGUUUUCUUCGACAAUUAUACCAUUCGUCACGCUUGGCUGGCCGGAAAACACGGAGGAUAUAACAAGAUACUAUCCAUUAACAUUGAUGGAAACAGGCCAUGAUAUCCUCAUGUUCUGGGUGGCGAGAAUGGUGAUGCUAAGUCUAGAACUGACAGAGCGUUUGCCGUUUAAAGAAGUUUUACUUCAUGGUGUAUUGUGUGAUGGCAAUGGCAAGAAAAUGUCCAAAAGCUCCGGCAAUGUCAUCUCGCCAGAAAACAUUAUCAAUGGUUGUACCUUCGAAGAACUGAACGAGCAAGCAAGACUUAGUCACGCGGCGGGUAUUCUCAGCGCCGAAGAAUUGCAGCGAACGCUGCGUGUUAAUAAAAAGUCAUACUCCGCAGGAAUACCAGAUUGCGGUGCCGAUGCCUUAAGACUGUCAUUAUGUGCACGCAAUAUUAAGAAUCAUACCGUUAGUUUUGAUGUGGACGAUUGUCGGACAAGCAAAUAUUUCUGUAACAAGAUCUGGCAAGCAAGUAAAUACGUGUUAUUAAUGACAAAGGAGGAAGAACGACAUGAAACUGAAGGAAAGGAAAGUCUGAAUAACUUAGAUCGAUGGAUUCUGAGUCGAUUGACAUGGAUGGUGGGAAUAGUAAACAAUGCAUUUAUCGAGCGAAAUUUCCAUAAAGCGAUCGCCGCAAUCCGUCAAUUUCUGUACUAUGAAUUCUGCGACUUUUAUGUGGAGGGUACAAAAUUUGGUUUCAAAAGCGGUAAUUGCGCUGGGCAUGCCAAUACUCUUGUGAAAUGCUUAGAAGUGUCAUUACGCAUCCUUGCACCUAUUACACCUUACUUAUCGGACGAUUUGUACAUAAAACUCGCCAAAAAGGGACUUCCAGGAUUUCUAUCAGUCACCUCGUUGCUCGAUACUUCAUAUCCUAUGCCAUACGAAUUUGAGCAUCUGAGAGACAUCGAGUUGGAGGAAAGAAUGUGUGAACUCGUGAAUGUGAUAAAUGCGAUCAGAAGCUGCAUGGCAAAUGUGAACAAGAAGACAAAUCCGGAAGUUAAUAUUCUGGUUAACAAUGUACGCGAUUACAAUUUUUAUCGGGAAAAUGUGAAUCUGAUCAAAGGAGUAAGCAGAAUCUGGAACAUACCUAUCCACUUAACAGAAUCAGUAAACGAUGGCAAUUUUAAUGAGACGACGAGAGACAAUAAUGGUGUUUGGACUAUCCAAUAUAUGCACACAAAUGAUUGCUCGUUACUUAUUAGAGCUACGGAUGUAUCGGUGGAACAAAUUAAGAAAAAUAUUGCAAAGAGGAAUAAACCGGAAAGAAGGAAAGAGGAUGAAAGUUAAAGCAUUAUAACAAUGUUAUAAAUUCUGUUCUAAUUCUAAUUUAUAACCUUCAUCUGUAGAUACAUUUAUAAUAUAAGUGAAUAAUGUAACAAAUAUAGUAAAAAAGUUAUUCAUAUAUUUUAUAUGUUUAUAUAUAGUUUCCUUGAACUUACGCAGCACAAAUGGGAAAAAUAAUAAUCAUAUAUUUAAUUCUA